GGAGGACGGGGGGGGAAGAUAAUAGGAAGACGGAAUUUUUUCUUUAAUUUUGGGAAAUUUUUUUGUGUAGAGGUGUGGGUUAAGGUAGGGAUGAGAUUUCUUCCGUCUUCUUCUGUCUUCCAUUUUUUAUUUCCGUUUUUUCGUCUUCAGUCUUUCGUUUUUAAAAUGGCAGGGCCUAUCCUUGGGUGUAGGGGUGGUUGUUUUAAGUGAUGCAUAUUAAUAUGGUAGUUUAGUUGUUAAAAAUUUAAACACAUUAAGGGAAGGGGGAAAAGAUGACGGGGAAAAUAAGGGAAAAUGACUGAUUUUUUUUUUAUUUUCGGGAAAGAGAUUUUUUGUAGGUAGAGUUGGGGGUGUUUUUAGUUGAUAUUUAAUAGUUGUUUAGGUUAGCUAUUUUAUUUUUUUCAUAUGAGAUCCAGAAAGUUUCCAAAAAUUUAUUUUUAAUUUCCUCAAUAUUUUCAAAUAUGUAUAAGUCAAAAAAUUCUCUUCUUCUUAAGCUUAUGGAAUUUUUACUUGUUCAUACUCCACCAAAAACGUGUCAAUUAGCUGGAAAUAGUGUUCAUUAUGACCUUCAAUUUCUCAAGCGUUAUAUGCCCAAAUUUGUUGAACAUUUACAUUAUCGUAUAAUUGAUGUUUCGACAAUUAAAGAACUUGUUAAGCGUUGGUAUAGUGACUCGGAAAAAUUGGUUAAUAUGCCUCCAAAGAAAUUAAAUCAUUUGGCGAUGGAUGAUAUUAAGGAGUCGAUUGAUGAAUUGAUAUAUUAUAAGAAACACUUUUUUGUUUGAAAAUAUUUUUUUUUGAAAUUUUUUGUUUGGAAUUUUUGUUUUGAUGAAUUUAAUGAAUCUUGAGGUUAAUUUGUUUUAUAGUUAGAAAAAAUUAUUAUAUGGGAGAUUGGGUAGAGAAAAGGCAGCUAUAGUGGAUCAAAGGGGUAAAGCAGCCUAAUUUUUCUUGGAUUUACAGACUAACUUUAAAAAAUUUGUUUAAUUUUUUUUUUGAUUUGGAGUGGGGGAUUUUUCAGAAAUAUUUGAGAAGCUUUUUAAUUUUUUUUGAAGUUUUUUUUAAUUUUGG